AUGGACAGAUCUCCGACCAUACACAUAGCACUGCUGAAGUCAGGCUGGCUAUGGAGACAGAGUGAGUACUGUAGCUUCAAUGUUUCUCAAAUAAUGUAAUAUUGUAGUCUAACCUCGUGUCUACAUGUUUUGGUCUUAGAUAUAGCCUUAGCCAUUGCAGGUACUAUCUUUACCAAGUGUAGACCUCAACGGCUAAACAAAGCAUAAGAAGUUGUGUGGAGCACUAGUACGAGAGUGAUAUCAGCACUGUAUAGAACCCUUUGAAAGACAAGUUAAGGCCAGGCACCACAGGCUGAAAUUACAUUUUUGCAUCUACCUAUCAAUUUUGAGAUUUGUUGGCAUUUUGGUCCAUUUAAUAUUAAUAUCUUCAAAAACUAAACAUAAAAGUGCCAAAAUCUUGAUGAAAAUUUAGAUUUUCUUUAGUACUAAAGUCAUCAUACUAAAGUCAUCCAAAUUUUAUGAAUUUUAACCACUUUAAAAUGGACAUACAUCCAUCAUUUCAAAGCUCACUAUAUUGAAUUACACAUAAUUUAAAAGCCCAUGUAAUAGAAAAUGUAUCAAACUCUUUUGCAUAUUUUAAUACAAUAUUUCAGAAUUGUUUUUAUUUUAAAAAAGUAUUAUAUUUAUGUCUAAAUUCAACUGGUAAAAGUUGAUUGUGAUAUGAUUAUGCCUGGCCUUAAGUGAGUGUGUGAGGUCUGUAGCAAUUUUUGCUCAAGUCCGCAGUCCGUGCCACUCUCUCCAAAAACAGUUCUCCCAUGUUCUUAAAACUGACACCACUGAAAAGAAAAUGGAGGACUCUGUUGAUGUCAUCAAGAUCGCUAACAGAUUAACCUACAGUACCUACCAUUUAGCUUGUCUUGAUGAAACCAAUGCACUAAAGGGCAUCUUUGCCCUAUUUAUUGAGUUGCGGUUGCUUGUGAAUAAAUAAGAUCAGAAUCGUUCUAGAAGGUGAAUGUUACAACUGUUAUAAAAGUCCAACCCUUACUCUGCUUGUCCAGCCUGGCCAUAAUCUAAUUAGCUUCCUGUCUGUGUUAGCAAAUCAGUGACUCACACAGACAGGCCUCAAGCCAACUACUGGGGAUUCACCCGCCAGAGGAAAACAACAACAUAUACAGAUUUACAGCUUCAACCAUAUAAAUACAAAACACUCAAAAUGGCUGUAGGUCUACCCAUUAUAGACCCAUUGACUAGAAUGCAUCUUUGAGAUUCUUCUUGUAAUAAAAAUUGCUAUAUAAAUUAACAUUAUUAUUAUUAUUAUUAUUAUUACUAUUAUUAUAUGCUGAAUUGAGACAAUCAUAUCUGUCUGACAGUGCAUUUCACUUAAUGUGGAUAAAUGAAAUAGCUAGGGCAUUUCAGUUUGUAGAUAAAUUAAGUAGAGUAUUUCAGUUAAUGUGGAUAAACAAAAUAAAAGUAUACAAAGUGGUCAAAGUCCGAACUGACCGUUAGGAAACUGGACAUCUUAACCUAACCCAAACUCUACUCCACUUCACCCUCCGUCAGCCUCCAUCCUAAAACGGUGGAAGCUGAAUUGGUGUGACCUGUGGAUCGAUGGUAGCCUGGUCUUCUACAAGACGGACAGCAGGCGAGAAUUUGAGCACCGAGUGGGUCUCAAGACCAGCUGUGUGAGCGUCAAGUCUGGCCUGGAGUGUGCAGGUGAGGAGGGAGUGUAUGGAAAGAUGAGGGUGUUCAACAUGACAAUGGAUGCAUCCGAAAUGGCAAUCUAUUCCCUAGGCCUAUAGUGCACUACUUUUGACCAGAGACCCAUGAGACAUGCUGUAUGUUUUAUUACAGAAAUAAAGUGGACUGAGGAGUCCAAAUAUCUGUAUUGACCCCCAGAAGAUUUUAUCCUUUGCUGUGGACUGACGUGUGCGUAUGUGUGUGUAACCCUAGCUGUCCCUGUUGUUGUACAGGUCUCUCUCCCCCAGAGAACCACCCCAGUGAGAACAUGGUGGUGGUGCAGCUUAGAGACGGCUCCACAGUGAUCCUUUGUGCCAACAGUGAGGACGAGGCACUGUGAGUCUAUAUCCUGUCUCUCUUCCUCUCCCUCUCUCACACUCUCUCCCUCUCUCACACUCUCUCUCUCACUCACACACACUCUCUCUCUCCCUCACACACACAAUCUUUCUCUUCCUCUCCCUCACUCACACACACACUCUCUCUCUCUUUUACAGUGCAGACACUCUCUCUCAAUCUACUUCCUCUCUUUCUCAUUCUGUUUUUGCAGAGCAUGGAAGUUGACAAUUCUAGAGGCAAGACAAAACCCAGUAAGUAACCUGGUAAUAUUUCUAAACCAGGGUUUCCCAAACUCGGAUGCUUAGAGGACAUUCUUGUCUUAUCGUCUUGUCUUUCCCACUUAGUUCCCGUAUGACCCGUACGACGACACCUACCAGUCCGUCCCAAUGGACGGCCACAACACCAUCUACCUCGCCCCUGGAUCAGGUAAAGACAACACAACACCCGAGGUCUGAGUCAUAUUCAUUAGUGCACACCGUAGCAAAAUGUUUUGCAACGUAAAAUGAAAACAAGUGUUUCUUAUUGGACAAGUUCAGGUAGUCCCUCCCUGUUUAAGUCUGUUUUCUUCUGUUUGGUGCCUAGUGAGUACAACUCUGAUGUCAGCAAGUCAACAGUGUGACUCUAGCACUCCUUUCCGAGACUCCCUGAAAUCAGUUGUUGACAUAACUAUCCUGGUUACAUCAAAUCAGAAAAGUUGAAUAAAACACACUCGUAUAUUCACUUAUGCUCCCAUAAAUACUCUAGUACACCCUAUAUUCAGCAUCCUGUCUCUCCCUCCCUCUCUCUCAGGUACCCACCACAUACUGAUCCAGAGAGACCCAUAUGAUGGCAUAGGAGAGCAGGUGGCACUGGGGCUACUGGCGGGCAUGGCGGCGGGCGCUGCCAUGCGCUCCUUCCUCUGGAUGCCCUUGUUCUUCUGCUGAUAGAGAAGGCCUCUGAUCUGGACCAGGCUGCUUGCUUGGGCGCCCUCCCCAGUGCGCUAGCUCCAUGAGCAGGGAGGCACGGCUGGGAAACGCCCAGGCUGCAUAUAUGUAGGACUGCUGCUGUAGGCCUCACUCCUACAAGUCUUAUUAUUGUAUUUCAAAC